AGCUGCACGAACCAAGUCCAUGUGAGCCAGCCCACUCCUCCUCGGCUUCUCCAAUUUCCACCAAAACCCUCUCUCCGCUCGCCUUGCUGCCUCACCAAAUCCACCACCUCCUCCGCCGAGGCCGAGAUGUUCCUCCCGCUCCGUCGCCUCCUCCGCCGCUCCCUCUCCACCGCCGCCUCGCGCCCCUCCUGGGCGAUGAUCUACCGCAUCUCCUCGGCGGAGAACUCCGCGCAAAGCGCGUCCCUUUCGCUCGCCCCGCCCCCGCUCGCCUCCCGCGUCUCCAUCCCCAGGCAGGCCUUCGGUCUGGAACCCCUCCCGGCAAGCACCGACGGCGACCCCAUCGACUUCUUCAGCUGCGCUCCCCCGCCUCCCAAGCAGGGCUCCGGCCUGGACGCCCCCCGUCCGCCCAGCGCCGACGACAACUUCAUCAACGUCUUCGGCAGCAGCGUCCUCGCCGCGAGCGGCGACGGCCUCCUCCUGCUCGGCACCUACAGGAACCGCGCAAGCGCUUUCGCCCUAUUCAAGCACCAGGUCCCAUCCCCCGUCCCUUUCGAGGUGUUCGACCAGGUGUACGCCCGCUCCUUCUACGACCCGAUGCGGGUGUCGCGCUUCGUCUGCAACCCCGUCACCGGCGAGAUGGUCCGCCUCCCGGACUUCGACGGCACGGAGAACGCCUUCUCCGCCGCCACGGGCCUCCUCACCCAGGCCGAAGGCGGGGGGCGCGGACCGCCCAAGAGGUACGCCGCCGCGCAGCUCAGCCUGCUCGACGGCGGGCGGCUAUUCCUGCUGCGCCGGCUCUCCUCGGAGACAGGGGAGUGGGACGAGCUGGUGCUGCCGUCCCCUCUGCCGCCUGGGCGCCGGAUGCACAUGAAUCAAGAGGUGCUGGACUUCAGAGGCCGCCUCUGGUGGGUGGACGUGAGCUGGGGCGCCGUCUGCGUCGACCCGUUCAGCGACCGGCCUGAGCUCUGCCCCGCCGAGCUGCCAGCAGGCAUCAUGAUUCCCGACCAACAGGGCGAGGAGGAGAUGAGGCAGCUUGUCAAGCACCGGCGCAUGGGGGUAAGCGACGGGGCGCUGCGGUUUGUGGAGGUUUCUCAGGAGGAGCCGUUCCGCAUUAAAUCCUUCACCCUGGACGACGACGAGAGUGGCCGCUGGAUGCUGGAGCAUCAGGUGUCGUGGAGAACUCUCUGUUCCGAAUCCAGGGCCAUGCCUUUGCUUGCUGCUAUCGAUCCACUCAGCGCCGACUUGCUGUAUCUCAAUGUGCCCGUGGGCAAAGGAUUCUGUGUUAGCGCUGACAUUCGCUGGAAGAGGCCGGUUGAGUCUAUGGCGCUAGGUAGUGGCAUUCAUCCAAGCAAGUGCGAGUCAAGCUUCGUUCUGCCAUGUGUGCUCCCCUCAUUUCUCGGAUCAAGCCCGAUUCCAGGCAAGAACGAUGUCCGAAAAAACAAGACUCUGGCAGAUGUUCUGGUUCGUUCAGACAGACAGCUGAAGACCUGAAGGGUACCUGUUUACGAGCUAAUGAAUCUCUGGGUAGGAAGCUGACUGUGCUAGUUUAGCAUACUGUCAUUUUGGGGAAUGUUUGGAGAAGUUUAUGUUUGCUGGAGUUAGCUGAUGAACUUAUCAUGUAAGUUUUUGGGGGAUCUGUGGGGAUUUCUGCCCGACUUUCAGUUCACGCUAGAAUGUUCAAUUAGAAUCAGUCUAUUCAAUCAGCAUGUAAUGAUCUUCAGAGAACACCGUACGCUGUGUGUUUACUUGCAAGACAAUUGUUCAUCAUCCUUUCAUGGGAGAAGGGUCGAUACAUACGCACGGCUUAAUUCUCUAACGAGAAGUCCUAUUUAAGGAUCUCUAUUUGAUUCUCUUAUGAUAAAUAUUA